GGCGGAAGUGAAGCAUGUUGACAUCUGAUGUCAGAAUCCGAAAGGAAGGGCGGAGGAGUUGAACCUAAAAUAUUUGGAUAUUAGCUGCAAAUAAUUUCUUAAGAAAAAAUGAUCCCCUCGGAGGAUAGCUCCGCCAGGAAGAAGACUAUAGAGGAAAAGCUUAAGCAGGAAGAGGAAACCUUAGCCUUCAUCAAGGAGAGCCUGGAGAAGAGCGAUCAGCUGACAAACAAUAUGGUCUCCAUCCUGUCUUCUUUUGAGAGUCGGCUGAUGAAACUAGAGAAUUCCAUUAUUCCCGUGCACAAACAAACAGAGACCCUGCAGCGGCUGCAGGAAAAUGUCGAUCGUACCCUGUCCUGCUUGGACCAUGUCAUCAGCUACUACCAUGUUGCCACGGAAACUGAGCGCAUCAUCAAAGAAGGACCCUCGGGAAGGCUAGAGGAAUACCUGGGCUGCAUUGCAAAAAUCCAGAAGGCUGUGGAAUAUUUUCAAGACAACAACCCAGACAGCCCUGAGUUAAACAGAGUGAAAUCCCUGUUCGAGAGGGGGAAGGAGUCUUUGGAUACUGAGUUCCGGAGUCUCCUGCAGAGAUACAGCAAACCGGUGCCCCCCAUCCUCAUUCUAGACCUGAUUGGAACAGAGGAGGAGCUGGAGGGCCAGGAGGAGGCUGUUCUAGAACACCUACCUGAGGGAAUCCUGCAGGAUGUCAUACGCAUCUCUAAAUGGCUGGUGGAGUACGGGAGGAACCAGGAUUUCAUGAAUGUGUACUACCAGAUCCGCUCUAGCCAGCUGGACCGCUCCAUUAAAGGCCUGAAGGACCAUCUACGUAAAAACAGCUCUUCCUCUGGCAUAACCUACUCUCCUGCUGUACAGAACAAAAGGAAGGACACCCCCACCAAGAAACCAGCCAAAAGGCCAGGCACUAUCCGCAAGGCUCAGAACCUCCUCAAACAAUACUCUCAGCACGGGCUGGAUGGGAAAAAGGGAGGGUCCAGUCUCGGAGUCCUUGAAGGUAAUUUGCACGUUUCUCCACUGAUCCGGCUUUCUUUCUCCAAUCUGAACCUUCUGCUCAGAGAUUUAAAACCAGGUCUUGAGCAAGAAUCACGUGGCCGAUACCACGGAGAGGCCGUGGGAGAGAAACACGGCCCGGCCUCUGGGAAGGAGGAUGCCCUUGAUCUAGAGACUGACACCUACAUCUACUGCAUCAGUGCCUUUGUCCGGCUAGCCCAGAGUGAGUACCAGCUGCUGACGUAUAUUAUACCGGAGCACCACCAGAAGAAGACUUUCGAUUCACUCAUCCAGGAGACCUUGGACAACCUUAUCCAGGAGGGUGAGAAUAUUGUAUCCGCUGCUAAGAAAGCCAAUGCCAGACAUGAUUUCACCUCUGUCCUGAGUAUCUUCCCCAUCCUAAGGCACCUGAAACUUACAAAGCCUGAGUUUGACAAGGUUCUCCAGGGCACCGCAGCUGGCACAAAGAACAAGCUGCCCAACCUCAUCACCUCUAUAGAGGCAACUGGUGCCAAGGCUUUAGAGGAUUUUGCAGACUGUAUAAAGAAUGAACCAAAGGAGACCAGUGUGUCAAAGGAUGGCACAGUUCAUGAGAUCACCAGCAAUGCCAUCCUGUUUCUGCAGCAGCUGCUGGAAUUUCAGGAGACAGCAGGAGCCAUGCUUGCCUCCCAAGAGAGCAGUUCUACAGCCAGCACUUAUAACUCUGAGUUCAACCGCCGCCUGCUCAGCACCUAUAUCUGUAAGGUUCUGGGGAACCUACAGCUGCGGCUCACACACAGGCUCAAGCCGUAUGAAGAUCCCGCCUUGAAAGCCAUCUUCUUGCACAACAAUUUCAACUAUAUACUGAAGUCUCUGGAGAAGUCGGAGCUGCUGCAGUUGGUCUCUGUGACCCAGAAAGAACCAGACGAUACCUACCGGGGUCACAUAGAGGCACAGAUACAGAUAUACCAGCGCAGCUGGCUGAAGGUGACGGACUAUCUGAAUGACAAGAAUAUGCCAGUGAUACAAGGGUCCAAGCUAAAAGAUAAAGAACGGCAGAUAAUAAAAGAGCACUUUAAGGGCUUCAAUGAGGGACUGGAGGAGCUCUGCAAGAUCCAGAAAUCAUGGGCAAUUCCUGACAAGCGCCAGCGCGAGCGCAUCCGUCAGGCGCAGAAGAGCAUUGUUCUGGAAGCGUAUGCAGCCUUUUUGCAAAGAUACGGCACUGGGGUAAACUUUACCAAGAACCCAGAGAAGUACAUCAAAUAUUCUGUGGAGCAGGUUGGCGAUAUGAUUGAGAAGCUGUUUGAUACAUCUGCAUAGAGCUGUUUUGUUUCUAUAUGAAACCUGUAUAUAGUUAUGUACAAAAAUAUUGUGUAUGUGUUUGUAUAUAGAAUAAGUGUCUGUCUGACUUACUAAACACUACUUGCCUGUAUGUAA